UACUUUUAGCAUCAGUGUAAUUUCGAGUACAGUAGUCAUCAAUUCACAAGUGUUGAACCUUUUCAGAAUGGCAUCUCCCCGACUGAUCCUUUUAGCUGUUUUGUUCGUAGCUUGCCUAUUGUCCUGCAGUGCUCAACUAACUUUCACACCAGGAUGGGGCAAGCGAAGUACUAAUAAUAUGUUCGGAAACUCCGCUGGAAUGAACAACAGAGCGCUCGGAUGCAAAAGCUCAACUGAAUCACUUCUAGCAAUUUUCCACUUUAUCGAGGCCGAAGCGCAAAAGUUCUUGGACUGCAACCAAAAGUGAUUCCAUCCCUGAUCAGCAAACCAUGGCGCUUUUGAAUACUUCUAACGACAACAACAACGAUAACGACUGUGUACAAUAUUAUUAUGCUAUUUAGAGAACAAAAUGAUGAGCACUUGUUGGAUAGAUUUUAUUUUCUUGAUACAACCCAUUUACUGUAUUUACCGAUAUUGUGACAAUAUAUAAUUGGCAUAAGUUGAAA